CUUUCUUCGCUACUACUUGUCUUGCCAACACACAGGGCCAAGCAGUUGCCGUAUACAUAACCCUCUAGUUUAGUCCUUGCCAAGACAUUUCCCCCCUCCCUCUCGCUUUCAUUUCACCAGAAAUGGCUUUCGUCAAAUACGCCCUGCCCGCGCUCGCUGUGGCCCAGGCGGUUCUCGCAGCUGACUGUGGUAGCGGUAGCACCAUUAAGAUCGCCAGCCAGACCGAUGCCGACGGAUACGAGACCUGCAAAACCCUCAAUGGCAGUGUUGAGCUCGAUGAGCAUAUCAGCGGAACCCUGACCCUGAACACCGUCGAGAGAAUCAAGGGUUCCCUGUCCUGCUCCAACGGCGCGAACAUCACCUCGCUUUCUGCUCCUAGCCUGGCAACUAUCGAUGACGCAUUCGACCUGGAGGGACUCACUUCCCUCACCGAACUGAGCUUCCCCGAUCUCACCAGCGUUGGAGAUAUCAACUUCCAGGCUCUUCCUCUCCUGUCGGCCCUCACCUUCACCACCGGUGUCACUGAGGCCGGCAGUGUGUCCAUUGUGAACACUGGUCUGAACUCCCUGGAUGGAAUCUCCCUGAAGACGGUUGGUAGCUUCGUUAUCACCGAAAAUACCCAGCUGCAGACUGUCAACGUCAACAACCUCAAGAAUGCCACCAACCUGAUCAACUUUGCCGGAAACAUGGAGUCUCUCGAUGUCUCUUUCCCUAACCUUGCCACUGGCACCAACAUGACCUUCCGUAAUGUCACUUCGGUCUCGGUUCCUUCGCUCACCACUCUUACUGGCCAGCUCGGCUUCUGGGGCAACCUUUUCGAAUCCUUCAGCGCCCCCAACCUCACUGAGACUGGCGACCUGGUCUUCAAUGAUAACGCCAAGCUUAGCAACAUCACCAUGCCUGUCCUUAAGACUGUUAACGGUGGUUUCCUGAUCACCCUCAACGACGACCUCGAUGACAUUAACUUCCCUGACCUUCAGACCGUCACGGGUGCCAUUGACUUCAGCGGUGAAUUCAACCAGGCCUCUCUUCCUUCCCUGAAGAACGUCCGUGGUGGGUUCAACAUGCAGAGCACUGGUAACUUCAGCUGCACUACCUUUGAUAAGUGGAAGGGCACCAUCAUCCACGGCACCUACGAGUGCAAGACCACCUCGCACCCCACCACCUCUGAUGGCUCCUCCGGAUCUUCCACCACCACCAGCAGCAGCAACUCUUCCAGCACUACCACCAAGAGUGCUGCUGUCCUGACCGCUGCCAACCUGCCUUCCAUGGGUGUUGCCGCUCUUUUCGGUCUCCUGGUCCAGUACAUUUUGUAAAGGCACUUGAUAUCAAACCGUCGUGUAUGCACUUUUUCCUCCUUUAUUUUAGCCCGAUGUGGUCGUGUAGAGUCACAUAAUAAGCAAUGGGGUUUUUUUUAUUCCUGUACUGUGUUGUUCUUAUGCCGCUAGCAAGACUGUUGGCAAGAGUCUCUGGGGCUCAGGGAUGGCUGGGUUAUAAAAAUUGCCAGGUAUGGGAAAUUGUUUGAGCUGGUGGU